UUUAUCGUUAAUUUUCUCCUAAAUUUUCGAUUUCCGAUCUCCGGGCAAAAUCUCGAGUUUUUCGCCGGCAAAUUCAUUCGUGAUGUGUGCAUCACAGAGUGUUGAAUCAGCUUUCACUUCAUCAGAAACCCUAAUUUUAGUGUAGUAUACUUGCUAGAUCCAUAAAUUUCUCGAGUGUUUUAGCUUGAUCUGAUCUUAGCUCCGGAAGAUGAAUUUGCAGCAUUGUUACCAUUUCUACGCAAAAACCCAAUAAUGGACAACUUUGUGAGAUUUAGCUUGCGAGAACGGUCUUAGUUUCCUUUUGUAGAACUGUUGGUGGUGAAGAGCUGAUUUUAGAUGGAAGCAUACACACAAGAUGCUCUUAAAGCGAAGCAGUUCGCUGAGAGAAGAUUUGCAGAAAAGGAUUUUGCAGGUGCAAGGAGUUAUGCGUUGAGGGCGAAGUCACUGUUUCCUGACUUGGAGGGUUUGUCUCAAAUGCUCACUACGUAUGAAGUUUAUAUAGCUUCUCAGAGUAGGCGCAGUGGGGAAAUUGAUUACUAUGUGGGAAAAGAGAAGUGAAGAAACAGUAUAAGAAGAUGGCUGUAUUGCUCCAUCCCGACAAGAACAAAUGCCUUGGAGCUAACAGAGCAUUUCAGAUCAUUUCGGAAGCUUGGAGUUUCCUGUCAACUUCAGAAAAGGCUUGAUACUUUCUGGACUGUAUGCACAUAUUGCAAGGUUCAGUAUGAGUAUCUGCGGAAGUAUGUGAAUAAGAGGUUGUCAUGUAAGAACUGCCGAGGUGCAUUUAUUGCUGUGGAGACUGGGCCGGCUCCUGUUAGUGCAUCACUUCAGUAUGCGCCUCCAUCUCAUACAACAAGUAAUGGCUAUGGAGGUCAUGGCUAUGAUGCUGUUUCACGCAUGCCUACCAAUUCCACUUAUUUCUUAGGUCAGUAUCCAGCACAUGGAUAUGAAUAUGUUACAAAUGAGUCAUAUGACUGGAGCUCAUAUGUGGGAACAUCUCCUGGGAAUCUGGAGUCAAACCGAAUGUCUUCAGCAUCCAACGGAUAUCCUUAUAAGCUCAACAAUGGAGUAGUCUUGAUUAAAGCCAGCAGACCUGAGAAGAAGAGGAAUGUUGGUUUAGGGUCAUCUGGUAAUGGAUUUGUUGAGAACAUUACAAAAUCAAAUCCAGAAUCGAAAGCAACAAAUUUGGAUGCAAAGAUGGAACAUGACUUCAAACAUCCUGGGAAGAGUUAUGGUUUAAUGAGACGGUGGUCUUCUACAACAGGAUUGGAUACACGGAAGAUACUGAUUCACAAAGCUAAAACAGAUAUUAAGCAAAGACUAGAGAUUAUGAGAUUGGCUUCAGAAGCUGCUGCGACAGCUACAGAGGACGCGACUCCCCUUGAUGAAGUAAGUGCGUCCUCCAAGGUGGGGGAUGAUGUAUCCAGAUUAGGAAAAAAUGUUUCUUUUGGUCAUCCACCUGUUCGGAAAAUAAACGGGCCAAUAACAGUUCCAGACUCCGACUUCCAUGACUUUGAUAAAAAUAGAUUAGAGGAGUGCUUCGAGGCUAGGCAAAUAUGGGCAAUUUAUGAUGAAGAUGAUGGUAUGCCACGCUUAUAUUGCAUGGUCCGGGAAGUACUAUCUGUUCAACCUUUUAAGAUUGACAUAGCCUACUUGAGCUCCAAAACUGACAUCGAGUUUGGUACAAUGAAAUGGGUGCAGUAUGGGUUUACAAAGUCGUGUGGACAUUUCAGGAUACGAAAUACUGACAUAGUUGAUCAUGUUAACAUAUUUUCCCAUCUCUUAAAAGGCAAGAAAACAGGAAGAGGCGGUUGUGUUAGGAUAUUCCCCCAAACCGGAGAUAUUUGGACUGUGUACAAGAACUGGUCACCAAACUGGAACAACUCAACUCCAGAUGAAGUGAGGCACCAAUACAAAAUGGUUGAGAUCCUUGAUGAAUAUUCUGAACAGUUUGGGGUUUGCAUCGCCCCGCUUGUGAAAGUAGAUGGAUACAAAACCGUGUAUUGCAGGAGAGAUAAGGAGGAGAGCAAGAAAUGGAUACCGCGGAGAGAGAUGCUGCGAUUUUCGCAUCAAGUGCCAUCUCGGUUUCUUAAAGAAGAAACUUGUGGUGUGCCCGGAAACUGUUGGGACUUAGACCCAUCUGCUAUACCAGAAGAGUUGCUUCACAAUGGAGCAGGAACUGAUUGAUUAUCAUUCACUGUCGCUGCAAGAGACAAGAGUAAGAGCUUUAUAUUACCAAUGUAACGGUUGUUGACUCAGUGUAGAAACCCAACUCUAUAUUGAAGAUUAUUAUGUCAGGAACUAUAUACACAGGCAAGCCUCUGUUCGUUCAUUGGAG